AUGUCUAUUCUCAAGCUGGUCGAGGACCGGCCAACUCCCAAGGCUGUCUACAAUUGGAAGGUUUACCUUCUGGCUGCAGUGGCCUCAUGCACAUCAUGCAUGAUUGGUUAUGAUAGUGCCUUUAUUGGCACCACCAUCUCUCUGGAUUCAUUCAAAGAUGAGUUUGGGUUCGGUACCAUGGGAGACACUGAGCGAAACCUGAUCAGUGCCAACAUCGUCUCUUGCUACCAGGCGGGUGCCUUCUUCGGUGCCUUUUUCGCGUACCCGAUCGGCCACUUCUGGGGUCGCAGGAUUGGUUUGCUCUCUGCCGGUUUGGUCUUUACUCUUGGUGCUGGUCUCAUGCUGGGUGUUACUGGCGACCGAGGCCUCGGUCUUUUAUACGCUGGUCGUGUGCUCGCUGGUCUCGGCGUGGGCGCCGGUUCGAAUAUCACGCCCAUCUAUAUCUCUGAACUGGCUCCUCCGGCCAUUCGUGGUAGGCUAGUAGGUGUGUACGAGCUAGGCUGGCAAGUUGGUGGUCUGGUCGGAUUCUGGAUCAACUUUGGUGUCGAUGAGACCCUCGCGCCGAGCCACAAGCAGUGGCUCAUUCCUUUUGCCGUUCAGUUGAUCCCCUCCGGUCUCUUGUUGAUUGGUGCUCUCUUCAUCAGGGAAUCCCCUCGCUGGCUGUUUGGCCGCGGUCGUCGGGAGGAGGCCAUCAAGAAUCUGUGCUGGGUUCGCCAACUUCCCGCGGAUGACAUCUACAUGAUCGAGGAGAUUGGUGCUAUUGACCAGGCGCUGGAGGAGCAGCGCCGUAGCAUUGGCAUGGGUUUCUGGAAGCCUUUCCAGGCUGCUGGUACCAAUAAGAAAGUUAUGUGGCGCCUGUUCCUCGGAAGCGCCUUGUUCUUCUGGCAAAACGGAUCUGGUAUCAACGCUAUCAAUUACUACAGCCCAACUGUCUUCAAGUCGAUUGGUGUCAAGGGUACCAACACAAGUCUGUUCACCACGGGUAUAUUCGGUGUCGUGAAGACAGUCGUGACCUUCAUCUGGCUGCUCUGGCUUAUUGACCAGGUCGGUCGUCGUAACCUGUUGCUGAUCGGUGCUGCGGGUGGCUCCGUCUGUCUUUGGAUCGUCGGCGCAUACAUCAAGAUCGCGCAGCCCGAGAACAACAAGAGUGACAGCCUCAGUGGCGGUGGUAUUGCGGCCAUGUUCUUCUUCUACUUGUGGACCGUCUUCUAUACCCCGACCUGGAAUGGUACCCCCUGGGUUCUCAACUCGGAAAUGUUCGAUCCCAACAUGCGUUCCUUGGCUCAGGCCUGUGCCGCCGCUUCCAACUGGCUGUGGAACUUCCUCAUCUCGCGUUUCACUCCCCAGAUGUUCACGGCCAUGGGAUACGGCGUGUAUUUCUUCUUCGCAUCGCUGAUGAUGUGUUCCAUCGUAUUCGUGUACUUCCUCGUUCCCGAAACCAAGGGCAUCCCACUUGAGAGCAUGGACGCGCUCUUCGACAUCAAGUCUGUGCGACAUGCUCAUGGUCAGAUGGUCGCUCAGCUGCGUGAGAACGAGGAGCAGUUCCGCCACGACAUCGAGUCCUCUGGCUUCGCGGCGACCAAGAUGGGCGAUGAGCAAGUCGAGGACACGACGGCUGAGCCGAAGUAUGCUUGA